AUGUCGUAUUUGGAUGCGCACGAGCUGAGUGCGCCGUCGGAGCGCUACGUGUACAUCCUGUGGAUCCUCUUUGCGUGCUUUGUGGUGCUCCUGGGCGUCGAGCACCUCGUCGGCGUGACGCAGCGCACGUGGAUCGGCGCGCUGUGGACCAAGUGGUCGACGAUGCACUAUGUGCCGCCCGCCGGGCGCACCGGCAACAGCACGCUGCGCGCGGUGCAGCAGCGCCUGUACCGCAUCACGAUGGUGUCGCUGCGUGCGAACCAUGUCAUGAUGCUUCUGCUCCUGUUCAUCCCGCUGCUCCUGCUGACGCUGAUCGGUGCGGACUACAUUGACCCGAAGGCCGGGCUGUUCUCGAACACGUACUUCCCGAGCCAGGCCGAGGUGCAGGCCGCGCACGCCGCGCUCGCGCGCCGCCUCGUGCAGUGGGGCCGCGGCGACUACCCCCGCAUCAUGACGAACAAGGCAACAUACACGCUGCCGUACCACACGUUCUGGACGAUGGGCAGCCGCUUCGGCGACUUUUGCAACGCGCUCACGCCCAUGGUCAUCCUCUUUGCGCUGAAGCAGGCGCCGAUCGCGCUCCUCUCGCUGCCCGUGUUUGGGCGCUAUGCGUCCAACUCGCUCGCAUUCCUGCACCGCUGGGGCGGGCGCCUGCUCUGGCUGUACGCGUCGCUGCACACGGUCCUGUGGGCGGUCCAGGUCCACCGCGACACCGCGGCCAAGCCGGACCUGUGGACCCACCUGCUCGCCGUGCCCCGCUUCCGCUGGGCCAUCACCGCGUACAUCUUCCUCACCCUUCUCGUUGUGCUCUCGCUCGAGCCGAUCCGCCGCACCCACUACGAGUUCUUCUACAUCACGCACCUCGUGUGCGCGAUCGGGUUCAUGGUCGGCACGUGGGCGCACCACCCCCAGCUCGGCGGCUGGAUGCUCGCGGGCUUUGUCGUGUGGGGCGCCGAGCGCGCGUGGCGCCUCGUGCGCGUCAUCUACUUCAACUACAGCGAGCGCCCGCCGGAGCUCAAGCGCAGCAUGGCCGAGUACCAGCAGGUGACGCACGCCAAUGCAUCGGCCUUCUCGCUGACGAGCAAGAGCGAGCAGGACCUCUCGAGCAUGCUCGAGUCCGCGGACAUGUCGCGCACGACGACGCCGCAGACGAUGCCGGCGGGCGCCGUGGUGCCGAUCCCGUUCCGCCCCGUCGUCUCCGACGCGCUGCGGGGCCAGCUGUUCCCCGGCUUUGCGUUUGUGCAGCCGCUGUCCGGCCAGAUGAUGCGGCUCGUGCUGCGCACGAGCCGCCCGAUGCCGUGGCGCCCGGGCCAGUGGCUGUUCCUGCAGCUGCCGAGCCUCAGCUGGGUACAGACGCAUCCCUUCACGAUCGCAGGCUCGUACGUGCGCGACGCGCAGCACGGCUACGUGCCCGCCGACGUGGAUGCGCCGGACGCCGUCGACAACGACCAGCUGAUCGUGCUGCUCAUCCGCGCGCGCGCCGGCCUCACCCACCGCCUGUGGCUCGACGUGCAGCGCCGCUGCGAGGCGCAGGCGGCCCUGGCCGCGUCGCAGCCCGGCGGCGCGCCGUCCAUGUUCCCGCUCCUGCACGGCGGCGCCGUCGCGAGCCAGGUGCAGGGCGUGUACAUGCGCGCCAUCGUCGACGGCCCGUUCGGCGACGCGGCGCGCAUCGACUGGGGCGCGCACGCCACGGUGCUCCUCGUGUGCGGUGGCUCCGGCGUCUCGCUCGGCCUCUCGAUCCUCGACUACCUCUGCCGCAAGAUCGCGCGGGCCCUGCGUGGCGAGCGGGUGCGCGGCCUCUACCAGCGGCCGUUCCUCACGCGCCGCGUGCGCUUCGUGUGGGUGAUGCGCGAGUACGCGCACCUGCAGUGGGCCGCGAGCGCGCUGCGUCUGUGCCUGGAGAUCCUGCCGCCCGCGAAUCUGCGCAUCGAGAUCUACGUGACGCGGGGGCACAACCGCUCUGCGUCGAACGUGCAUGACGGGGGCUUGCCGCCCGCACAAAGCGGCGAGCGGACGCUCGCGUCGAUGGGCCUCGACGCGAACGAUCUCGUGCAGUUCGGGCCGGACGAGGACGGGCCGCUCACGCUCGUUGACCAGACGAUGAACGAGAUGNGGCGACGACUCCACGCGAACGAGCAGGCCGACGAGGACCUCGCACGGCAGAUGCUGAGCGUGCCCGACGCGACGCCGUCCGCCGCCACGCCGGGCCCCGACGCGAGCCCCACGUCGGUGUACAACGAGUACUUUACCCUACCCACCGAUCCGCCUGAUACCUACCCGAUGGUGCCGAUGGCACCGGCGGAUCGGGUGCCGACCCCGGCGGCGGCGCCGGGCGAGGCGCCCGCGGUGCCCGCGGCGCCCGAGGCGCCGGAAAAGUCCGAGGCGCCCGUGCCGACCUAUGCGAACCUGGACGUACACGAACUGCAAGACUUUGAUAUCCUCUCCGAGAUGACGCGGGCCGGCUACCCCCCGCUCGACGAGAUUGUCGGCACGGAGAUGGGCCAGGCGCAAGGCCGCACGAUCGCGGUGGGCUGCGGCCCCGCCGGUCUCCUGGCGCUCCUGCGCAACGUCGUGUCGCGCCACGUGCAUGUGCGCCGCGCCUGGCACGGCGAUGCGAGUGCGCAUGCGAACCUGUUCACCGAGUCGUAUGCGACGUAG